UAAGCCCCCUUUCUCGGUAGCUAUGUAACCCUCAGGAGUACUUGUCCAAUUACCUGCUUGUUAUUAGCCGAGCCCAUUCUCGACUGCCUUGGUAUCGACUACAUCCUGCCAUAUGGACUUCAGUCGACAAUUUAUCAGUUGCCAAUCUUUUGAUUUGGCCACUGGCGUGCCAUUCCAAGGCUCAAACAGAGAGCGCCUCCACAUGACAAAGACCCUCCCAUCAUCCAAUCCUCCAGACCACUAAUAUUCGCCACACCGGACCCUGAUAAUGCGCUGCUCACUCUUGGCCACCCUUGGGCUUUGCGCCUCGUCGGCCCUGGCAGCAGGCCCGGAUGACCUCUACGAUAUAGCCGUUGUGGAAAUGACUGCGUUGGGUCAACAGGUAACAGACAUCAAGAAUCCAAGAGAGAACGAAUGUGUUGCAUAUGACUCGCUGACAGGGAGUUAUUCGGUCGGGAAGGUGGUGAUCACUCCACUUUCUCCUCCUCUGCCCUCGCCCCAUGUGAGGUGCACUUUCGACUUUGCGCCGCACUGCCAAGUGGAAGGCCCAGGAGCCCAAGGAAGCGCCCAGGAGUGGACAAUGGACGAAGGAACAUGGACAUUCUCCCGCGAUUUUGUCAUCAAAAGCUACAAGUGCUUCAGGCCGAAUUAGUGAGCGCACACUACUAGUAGUUGAAUUAAGACCGUUGCCCAGCUUCACCUGCACCAAUAACAAUAUACCAACAGACUCUGAU